AUGCUCAAAGUCUUCGGCUCUAGAUCAAAACAAAACCCUUCUGGCACGGCAGAGGAAGGAUGCUCGAGGAACUCUUCCAUGACACAGCUGCCACCCGAGGAGGCACAAAGACCGCGGUCAGAGUAUGGGGAGCCCCCAGGGACUCCCAAUACUCUUGUACAAGUCCCAAGCAACCUCACCAACCAAGACCUGCCCCAAGUUACCGAUGAGUCCGACGAUGAGAACUCAGAGCAAUACAAGCGUUUCUCGCCAGCUCGCAAGAUCGCGAUUGUUUCUAUCAUCUCGUACUGCGCUUUUCUCGCCCCUAUCUCUUCUACUGCAAUUCUUAUAGCCGUUCCUGAAGUUGGAAAGACUUUCGGAACCAAUGGAGAUAUCAUCAACGCUAGCAAUGCUCUUUACCUGGCAUUCAUGGGUAUCUCGUCUACAUUCUGGGGCCCAAUAAGCCAAGUUUAUGGUCGUCGUCCUAUUUUUGUGGUUAGCAGUUUGCUGUUUUGUAUUUUUACCAUCGCAACAACUGUAUCACCUGAUCUGCCAUCCUAUUUCGUAUUUCGUGUCCUCACUGCCUUCCAAGGAACAUCCUUCCUGGUUGUGGGUAGUUCUGCAGUGGGUGAUGUUUUUGAGCAACGCAAGAGAGCAACCGCAUUGGUGUGGGUGCUCUCAGGAAGCAUGGUCGGGCCUGCCAUUGGUCCAUUCCUUGGAGGUGUUGUCGUUACUUUUCGCCAAUGGAGAGUUGUCUUCUGGCUGCUGAGCGCCUUGAACGGAUUCGCCGCCUUCCUGAUUAUUUGCUUCUUUCCUGAAACGAUUCCCUACAAGUCGAGCCGCGAACUCAAGGGUCAUACCCUCCCCAAGCAGACUAAAAUGGUUAUGCAUCGCAUCUCCCCCAUCCGCGUGAUCGUCAUGCUCUUCAGGUACCCCAACAUCUUCAGCGUUGGUCUCGCCGCCGGUGCUCUCGUCUGGAACCAAUACGCCCUCCUCACCCCAAUCCGUUACAUCCUCAACCCCCGUUUUAACCUCCACAGCCCCAUCCAAUCCGGCCUCUUCUACCUCGUCCCCGGUGCCGGUUUCCUCGCAGGCAGUCUCGUCGGUGGUCGCUGGGUCGACUACUGCAUGAAGAAAUGCGUCGCCGAGCGCGGCGGCGUGCGCGUCUCCGAAGACCGCCUCAAAUCCUCCCUCGUGCAUAUCAUCCUCAUCGUCCCCGGCUGCAUCCUCAUCUACGGCUGGACCCUCGAGAAGGAAGUCGGCGGCAUCCCCGUCCCCGUUAUCGCCAUGUUUGUCCAGGGUGUCUCGCAGCUCUUCUGCAUGCCCAGUCUCAAUACCUACUGUCUCGACGUGAUGCACCAGAAGGGCCGCAGCGCCGAAGUCGUUGCCGGUAACUACGUCUUCCGAUACGUGUUUGCCGCUCUAGGCACUGGUGUCGCUCUGCCUGCCAUCGAGGCCAUCGGCGUCGGGUGGUUCAACACCCUCAGUGCUGUUUUCCUGUCUCUGACUGGCGGUCUCAUCUGGCUUACUGCUAUCUACGGUCCUAAGUGGCGUGAAGCCAUUGAUGCCAAGGAUGAGCAGAAGGCUGCUAGUCAGAAAGAGGUUUCAUGA